UGACUGACUGGUGUUAACUGACUGACUGUGGUGUUAACUGACUGAUUGUGGUGUUAACUGACUCCGUGACUGACUGUGGGGUUAACUGACUUGUGAUGGCAGGCAAAGUGUGCGGCUUGCUGUGAUUGGUUGAGAACUACUGCUGACUAAUUCUUAAUUUGAGCAAGAUUGGGCUGCACACGAGUGAUGUCACGGGUGAUGUCAGCAUGUUGACAGCACCACUUCAUGUGAAAUAUGGCCAUUUCAUUAGGCCCCCUUAUAUUCUCAUAAAUAGCCCAUCACGCCAUUUCAUGAGGCCCUCUUAUAUUCUCAUAAACAGCCACAGGGUGCAGGUUUGGGGUCUUCCUGAAACGCCUGACCCAGAAGCUGGCCUGCCUUUGCAGACUUAACGAGUUAGAGUCCAGUGGGCACACGGGAACUGACCCCAGGACAGAUGCUCCUAGUGUUUCUGCUGCUGCUGUCUAAGUGUGUAUGGAUUUAUUCAUCAUCAAUCCACACCUCUGCUUGUGUGUGUGUGUGUGUGUGUGUGUGUGUGUGUGUGUGUGUGUGUGUGUGUGUGUGUGUGUGUGUGUGUGUGUCCACACGAUAGCCUUUUCAGUUGUCUAUGUGUGUAAGAUCUAGUAAUCUGCAACUAUGUGAUCGCUUUGUGUGUGUGUGUGUGUGAGGUUGAGGUUUUUGACCAACCACACUGCGACUGUUUGUGUGUGUUUCCAAGGUGGGAUCAUUGCUGUUGAUAAAUUCAGAACUAUUUAUUUAUGAAAUACGUACACUAGCCCUUGCAGUGUUCCUUGGCCUCAUAAACACACUUAUGAAAAGGUAGAAGUCUUAUUUAAUUAUAUUUAUGUUGUGAUGUUUCUAUAUGAAUGCUGGACGAAUCCUUUACCGUUUCUUUUUUGUUUUGAUUAUUGUUCUGUAUCUGUUCCUUCAAAUGCAUAUUCUUACAUGAAAGUGUUGGUUACACACUAGACCCUUCCACCUGAAGACUGACAUUACCAUGUCAUAAACAUGUCCCGGCACGACAUAGCGUGUCAUUUUUUGGUAUGUCUGUUGUCAUGACAGCAGUAUGUCUGUUAACGUUAAAUGACACAACAAUAUCAUUUUACCAUUAUUGGUAGUUGUCAUGACAGCAGUCAGAAGCUUUAAAUGCUUAUGUUGCGGGAAUAAAGUCAUACUAUCAUCACACUAAACAUUAAAGCUGUGUUUCCAGAGGUUAAGGAGACCUGACAUUGUUAUAUGACGGUAAUGGGCCAUGAACACUAAUCUGUGGAGGAUCUGAGUGAAGUUACCAAAAGGUUCAUGAGUCUGGCUGAAGUAGACAGACGUGCCUGCAGGAGUACUGCAGCCUUUCUUUGCACUGACGACUUGUGGUCCACGUCAAACCAAAUCAAAAUGUUUAUUCUUGGGAAAAAAAAUGACAAAAAGUCAUAUCUGUCAUGGAAUUACUGAAUGUGAUUUUUGAAAGUAAUGUUGAUUAUUAAAUCGUGAUAUUAACAACUAUUUGCUGGCUGAGUUAUAUCAUAUUGAUUUUAUUACUGUAGUCAUAUUGUUUAAGGUUGUGGGCUUGGAGUACUUGCAUUAGAGAGGAUUGACCACUGGGGGAGGUACCCAAUCAACAGCACAAGGAAUUUAACAUCUUUUCCUGUGUGAACUAAAAUAAAAUUACAAAUGAAUGGUUGUAUCUGUGUGUAAGAGGCACAAGAGUUGACAUAAGGCUUGGCCUACCACUUCUGCCAUUCUACCACUAUUGAAGAAAAGAAAAAGAAAAUCUCUAAUAUGUUUCUAGUAUUUAAGUCACAAAAAGAACAAAGAACCCUUGUUUGCUUAGAGAAAAAGAGCUAAAAGCUUAAUAAAAGUAACAGCUUCUGUAUAGAACCCCUGGUUCUUAGAACUUCUGAGUGCAUCCUUGCUGAGCGGGCCAGAUCACAUCGCCAACCCUUCAAUGAUGUUCAGAGACUGCCGCCUAGUGUUCAAGUGUACAUAAGGCCUGCGGAAGACAUGAAACACAACGACGUUUUCUUACCACACAGGGUUUAGCGCUACUCAGCCAGAUUUUUUCCCUGUUAGGGGCUAGUAAGUAAGACAGUAAGCCCGGCAUGUACAUGAGCUUUUGGUAAGCUACUACCCUGACCUCGUCCACCACGACAGGGCCAAAGCAGUGAUUAUGACUGCUCUGAGGAUCUCCGUGUCUGUGCUGUGUGUCCUGCUCCUCAGUGGUGCAGACGCCCAAGCAGACGCCCACAGGGGGAGCCAUCGAGCCAAAGCAGACGCCCAAGCAGACGCCCAAGCAGACGCCCACAGGGGCAGCUAUCGAGCCAAAGCAGACGCUGCUGCGAUGCUGAUUGAUAAGAUCAACUUUAGUUUCACAGCUGCAAACGUGAGUCUAACCAAUUUGGUUAACAUCGGGAAGAUGCUAACGCAUUCCCACAACCAGAACUCCUUGAGAAAUGGACUUGAGGUCUUUGAUGGGGUCGCCAAAGUCAUUCCUUUCAUCAACCUGUUUGGCUCGCUGGUGCAUUUUGGUUUUGCCUUCCUGUCAAAGAACAGCCCCGACAUAGCGUACAUGAAGAAACGAUUCACUCAGGUCAGUAGGGAUCUCGACUCGAUCUCAGCCCAAGUCAAGCCCCUCUCCGGCGGGGAGCUCUGGCCGUCCGAGGGGGAGGCACUCAUUCUGAACGCCUGGGCCAGAGUAGAGCAGCUCGUCGACCGCCUCACCACGGCCGAAACCCUGGAGGAGAAAUCCAGAGCAGCGGAGAGAUUCACCACCUACUACGAGAGCAGGGGAACAGAGGACGGCAUCGCUGGCUUCUGCAGGCACCUCACCGAGAGCAGACCAGCGGGCAGAUGUGGCAGCCCAGCGGGUGGAGGUGGCAGCCUAAUGCAGCUAGUCGGUGCCCAGUCUGAGGGAGACGUGAGGGCGUUGCUGCGGUUCUCAUCCUACGUCACGUCUCUGAUGAUCAAAGGCUCCUUCGCCAGCGUGAUUUAUGACAAGUUAAAGAGCGACCAUGCCAACCCACGGCCACAGCAGCCAGCUACUGAGCGUUUACUCUCGCUCACCAAGUCCGUCCAAAGGACCCUGAUGGACUGUGCAGAUGGGUAUGCAGAAUGGGUUAGGAGGGACGUAGAAGAGCUCCUGACUCAUCCGUUCUCAGAGACCAGAUCAAUGGCAACAAACGUCAAGGCUCACCUGGACGGCAAGUUUGACUGGUUUAUCUGGACGGUCGUUGUCCAGGAGACCAGCGGCGACUAUGGGUACCUGUACGGAAACGUUAUCACACUCAGGGAUCGCGCUCAAGGACGGACCGUCCACCUCAUACCCCGAGACAGCGAGGCAGUGGUGGACGAAGGCGUCCGUACCGAAGCCCGUCAGAAAAUGCUGGACUACACGGGUUACGCUUGCCCAAUGAUCCAGGAGAAGAUGACCGACGUGUUCCCAAGCAGCCUGAUGAGACACAUCGCUUUUGCCCACUCUAGUCCAGACUCAUCCCAUUACACUACAGUCGGUGACACUGUGUUACAAAAAUGCUACUCAACCUUCCUGUUCAUAACAACGAGCACUUAUGUCAACACCGUUGUCUUAAAGAGCAUGGAGAGCCUUGACCACCCCAGCUGCUCAAAGUCACAGUGUCUGUAUGGAGCCUGUAGGCAAGCUGCAGACUCCUCCGCGGGGUUCUGUCUGUGUGAAACCAUGUACUACGGCCGCAGAUGUGAGAACAGCAUCAGGGAUGAGAUCAGCGACUCGGCCCUGGAGGAGAAGAUCAAGUCUGUCGGCAUAAACUCUGUCCCAGACAUAACUGCCGUUUACUUCCGGGUUCAGGAACAAAUGAGACAUGCGGAGGCACGAGAGCGAUUUAAUUGGGUGACGUUACGCUACCAGGACAUGACGGAUAAACUAGCCUUUCUAGGGCAUCAAGACACUUUGUUCAGAAGGGCACAGGUAUCUGGAGUCACAUUUGUCUCAAAUGUUGGGGGGGUUAUCCAGACACGGGGGACGUUUACGUUCCUCCUGUACCAGUUUGACAACAUGAUGAGGGGGAACGGCUCCAACCUUCUGGAGGCUUUGCGAGAGCUGCUCCUGUAUCCAGGCGACUCGUCGGCCCAAACACACAGCCCUAUCGAGUGCUCGGAGAACUACGUGGAAAAACUAGACAAUUUCGUCAAGUCCAUGAGCCGGCUUAAGUCAGAGGCCAUCUCAGCCUGGAAGAAAUAUCUAACCCAAUCAAACACUACGAGUAUGGACCCUUCCCUGUCACAUGUACAGGACCUUCUUGUUGGUGACGGGUGUGGGCCUCUCAAUGCUCAUGGCCUCUUCAAUAACCACUGCGAGGGCCCAUACCACAGCGCCCACCAGCAGCGCAUCCAGCUCAAAUGUUCCGGAAGCUUCAAGCCGUUCCCCGAGACGGUGCAGUGUUCUAAAGGCCGAUGGAGUGCCUUGCCUGUGUGCUACGGGGAACCUGAGAACGGAGCCACCCAGUGUCGAUCGGAGAACGGAACCGCGGUGUGUGAGGCGUCUUGUGACGAUGACAGUGCGCGGCUGGCAAGCGGAGAGAGCGUUGAACGCUACCAGUGCAGCAGGUCACCGUGCCGACCCUUCACCCCCUCUGGGCCGUGUAAGGUGGCUCGCUGCUCUGGCGACAGCUCCUGUGAGGACAGGGAGGUGUGCAAAGGUGGGAGGUGUGUGGACGGCUGCAGCGGCACCCCCUGUGGAGUGAACGCAGUCUGCUCCACCUUCCACCACAUUCCAGUUUGUACUUGCUUCGGGCCGUGGACUAAAGACCCAAAUCAGGAAUGCCUGUCGCCCAGUCUUCACUGGGCCCAAGUUACACACAUACCAAAUGGCACUGUUAAAACCCACACGGGGAAGCUGGUGUGUCGGGCUAAGGGUCCGAACGGAGACUGGUACUCCGGAUGGCUCUUGAUGGUGGCUGGACGAGACUCCUGCCUCUUGGAGUACGAUGGCAAAACAAUGAGAGAAACAGAAUAUGAGUUGUUGCUGGACCCCUGUGCGAGUAAAGGGUACCAGUGGAUUCCUGGGGGUCCCCACGCUGACUCUAUGUGGACGGGUUACACCAGCAGCACGCCGGGCAGGAUGCUGUUUGUGUGCAGUUGGUGGGGCGAUGAUGUGGACAGCAAGCGCGGUUUCUCCGGGACUCUUUUCCAGACGGCGACGGGUUACAGGUGCAGCAUCGCUCUUAACCGAGCCGCUCACAGCACCUCCGACUACCUCACUCUGGUCAGGGCGCAGUCCUGCUAACCCUCACGGACUGUGUUUGGGGUGCGCAGUCGUGUUGGACUGAAUCUGGCAAUUAUGAAUGUCACAUAUGAAUGAAUGAGUUUCUCUGAAAUUUCAGACAAAAUGUUUACAUUGGCAGUGUACAAUCAGUGGUGUUAGGUCUGCAUGGUUUAGUAAGAGGCAGGGAUUUUGACCACAGUAACUGGUCCAUAACAAGAGCCCAUGUAUUACUCUAUAUAUAUAUAUGACUUAAUACACAUGCAAGCUCUUACAUCCAGAGACCUUCAACAAUGUGUACUAGUCUAGAAUAUACAGAUGGUUCCCAUAAUCACAGCCAUUUUAGUAAAAACCCUCUGUGCUAUAGGACCUGUGAUGUCACACAUACCCCCUUAAGCAAGUGGGAAGAUGGCUAUGCAUUUAAAGACGCAGACCGCGAUUCUUAUUCGCGAAAGGGUGUUGACAUUUGAGCUCAACAGCCAAUAAAAUGACACCCUUCCGUUCUCCUGAGAACUGUGUUGAUUGGCUGGGAUUGUUUAUGGCUCGGUCUGAGCCACUUUGUUUGUUUCCCAUUUGUAGAACUAGGACUGUGUGCGAACACCAGAGCUUUUAUACUAGAGGGACAAGAGGAGCUAUUCACUGAAUUUGAUAUGUAUUUACAUCAAAUGUGUGCUCUUUUUUAUUACUGAUUGCACUGAAUAAAGACAAUAGCUGAAUUCGUUCAUGUGAAA